UUUUUAUUUCAUUUUCUUUUUCGUUUUGCUUCGUCGUAAUAUGUAAUGACAUAAAUACGGACGAGUUUUUCGAUAAACUAUCUUGCGUUUUGGAAUUUAUUUACAAUAUAUUUUCAUAAUUCGCGCCAGAAGAUGUAAUUGGUUAUGUUGUAUCUGCGCAAUGAAAAGGCGCAGAACGAAAAAGCGUCCAAUCGUCACGUUCGUUUGGAAUUGUAAGGUUAUGUUUCGUUAUGUUCAAUAUUGAAAACAUUCGUAAAUGUAACAUAUUCUUAAAAAUUAUCGAUCGUUGCUCGAAUAAUAUUUCUUGGAAGUAAUUUUAUACGGAACAAGAUUCGGAAAAUAAUUUAAGGAUGUCUUCUUGGAAGAAAGCAGCCAAAGCAACUCAAAAAACUCAUAAAGAACGACAUCAACCAGAGGCUCGUAAGCACUUAGGUCUUCUUGAAAAAAAGAAAGAUUAUAUUGCAAGAGCAAAGGAUUAUCAUAGGAAAGAACGAACUUUGAAGUUAUUGCAAAAACGUGCUCUCAAUAGAAAUCCAGAUGAAUUUUACUUUCACAUGAUCAAUUCAAAAAUAGAGAAAGGUGUACACAGAGAAAAAGAUAAGGAAGACGAACAUACUCCCGAUCAGAUUAAGUUAAUGGAGACGCAAGAUAUAAAAUAUGUUGCUUAUAAAAGAAAUAUAGAAGCGAAAAAGGUAGAAAAGUUGCAGAGUCAGUUACAUCUAAUAGAUGCUGCAAAUGAAAUAAAAAAUAAGCAUAUAUUCUUUGUCGAAGACGAGGAAGAGGAAAGAAACUUUGAUAUUGCUAAGAAAUUAAAUACGCAUCCUGCGUUAUUGUCGAGACGUACAAAUAGACCUAAUUUGUCUAAAUUAAGAGAUAUAAAGUUUCCUCGAGUUGAUGAAAAUACUCUUGCUACCAUUGAACAGCAAAAACACAUGGCUUACAAGGAAUUGUAUAAGAGAAUAGAAAGAGAAAGAGAGUUAACUGUCGUUCAACAAAAAUUAGAAAUUCAGAGAGCUUUAGCAAAGGAGAAAGAAAUUAAACCAAAACAGGUGAAACCUGCAACGAGAGAUUCUGCUCCUAUAUAUAAAUGGAAGUUUGAAAGAAAGCGUUGAUAUAUUUUUAUACAUAUUAUAAGGUAAAUUUGUUUCAUCACAAUAUUAUUUUUGAGGAACUAAAAUGUCAGCUAUUAGAUUAUUUUACUUUUUUUACUCAUCAUUAUAUAAUGUUUCUUAUUUCCGUUACAUCCUUUACAUUAAUAAAUUAUUUAAAUUGUUAAAAGUUA